AUGGGAGCUCUUAUGGCUUUGGUUGUACAGUGGUGGAGGUUAUGGCAGGAGGUGGAAACGUUCAAGCCGAAGCUUACCUUGAGGAUUUGGCGGAAGUUGGGCAGCUCUUUCUCUCCUGUUAAUGAAGUCUCAAAUGAACUGAAGCUUGUUCAAGUAGUUGAUAGUGAGGAAAUGGAAAGAGAUUCGUUAUUGGAAAAGAUGGAGCACGCAGACAACCCAAGUCUCCGAGAAAUGCUUCACCAAUACCUACAAGGAAGGCAAUAUCUCAUAGUUCUUGACGACCUGCCAAAACGAAUACGCUUGCAAUCUAUCUUGGGAGCUCUUCCAUACGAAGACAAGAAAAGUAGAUUGGUGUUCACAAGUCACACAACGAGUGCAAAUGUACGGAUAAUGGACCAUGAAGUUUAUGAUAUGGAAUUUUUGGAUUCUAAAAAGAGCUGGAAAUUAUUUUUACAAACAAUAAACCGUGGCAAUAAAUUGGGAGGUGAGUACAACUUCCCAAAGGAAUUGGAGAAGCAAGGAAGAGAGAUGUUGACCAAAUAUUGCUGCGGUCUGCCAUUAGCUAUUAAAGAGGUGGGAAAACAGUUAGCAAAGAAGAGAUGCUUAGGGAGUGAAUGGGAAGAACUUCUUCAGCAACCAAUUGAUUUGGGUACAACUUUGGAGAAAUUGGAUCCGUUUUAUCAUAAAUUAGAUGAAGAAGUGAAGCCAUGCUUCUUACAGAUGGCAUUCUAUAAGGAAAAUAUAACUAUGAGGGAAGAAAAGAUGGAACAGAUUUGGUCUGCAAAAGGAGGAGAGGGUUCUGCACAUCGUGAAGAUUUUCGGCUGAAGAAUUUACCGGAUGGUAUUGGCACAUUGAUUGAGUUACGAUACUUGGGAUUGAGAAACAAUCACAUUCAAGAGCUCCCAGACUGGCUGGGGCGCUUGAAAAAACUUGAAGUUCUUGACAUAGCUCAAAACUUCAUGAUGGAGGUGCCAGAUAUUAUAUGGGAAAUGCGUAGCCUUCGCCAUCUCUACUUGUCACAUGUCAUCUGCCGCAAGCCUUUGAAGAUAGAUGCGCUACAGAAUCUUGAGACCUUAACCUACAUCUCAGUUGAUAAUUGGACAUAUGGUCUCUCGGGAUUGAAAAUGUUGUAUCGGCUUCGCAAACUGGGUAUCGAAGAAAUGAAUGGAAACACAGAUGUAAGCAAACUCUUUGCUUCAUUAACUCAGUUGAGGAACCUCAAAAACCUAAUAUUGAAAGGGUUUCGUUUUAGAAGCAUGCCUUGUUUGGAUAAGCUUGGUAUUCUACAAAAUCUUCAGACACUCAAAUUGGAUGGACUCCUUGCCAGGUUACCAAAUAGUUUCCCUUCAAAUCUUGAAUCCUUGAAGUUGGUUAAUAGCUGUCUUGAAGAAGACCCCAUGCCACUACUAGAGAAGCUGCCCAAGCUAAAACACCUCAAGUUGCGGAACGCAUACACUGGUCAAGAAAUGGUGAUCGUGUAUGAAUAUAUUCCCAGCCUCGAAGUCAUGUGCAUCGAAGAGCUGUGGAAUCUGAGAAAUGUACGAGUUGAAAAUGGCUUAGCGCUUUCGCUCAAGCAACUAGAAAUCAAGAAUUGUCCAAAUUUGGAGACCCUUCCAGAAUCGAUAAGAUAUGUGGGAGGGUUAAAGAUGGUGACGACCAAAAUCAUUGCAACAAAGAUCAGGAGGUCAGGCAUAAGCUCCAACAUGAGGGUCGUGGAUAUCAAUCCAUAAGCGUGACUGCUGUCAGCAUAAUUUAAGUUGUUUGUUGGCGUUUAAUUGGAUAUUCUGUAAGUUUUUUUCCUUGAAUUCCCCCUUUGAUGUUGU